CACCAAAAUACACGCUUGGGAUUUUUCGCCGAAGCUCUCAUUUUCUUCUUCUUCAAACAACAAAUACAGAACUCCAUAUUCGUUGCAAAUCAUCACUACUACAAAAAGUUCACCGGAAAACAUGGCGUCACCGUCGUCGUCGGCCAACGUCAUGCUGGCGAUCUUCGAGAAGAAAACCGUAGCACUCGAUCUCUAUCGUCCAUUACGAAACUACAUCGUUUUCAACUACUCCGAACGCGAAGCUCAAAACCUCGAAGAUGAUCUCCAAACUAUCAAACAGUACCGUUCCGAAAUCGAACGUGCUCCCGCCGAUUCGCUACCUGCUCGCCGUGACAUGUUACAAAAUUACUAUAAAGCCCUCUGCGCUGUUGAAUCUCGCUUCCCUAUAUCACCUGAUAAGGAUCACAUCAAUUCUGUGUAUUUUACUUGGUACGAUACUUUCAAGAUCAAGCAGAAAGCUGUGCAGCAGAACAUUCAUCUAGAGAAAGCUGCUGUUUUGUUCAAUCUAGGGGCAGUGCACAGUCAGAUGGGAUUGAGUUUGGAUCGAUCCGCAGUGGAGGGGCGAAGGCAGGCAUCACAUUCCUUCAUUGCUGCAGCUGGGGCAUUCACCUUCCUGAGAGACAAUGUGGCAAUGAAGGCAUCAAUGGGUACCUCCACCACAGUUGACAUGUCAGUGGAAUGUGCUGGGAUGUUGGAAAGACUCAUGCUAGCGCAGGCUCAGGAGUGUGUUUUUGAGAAUACUAUUGCCAAGGGAAGCACACCUGGAGUCUGUGCAAAGAUUUCAAGACAGGUAGGGAUUUAUUAUGAGGAAGCCUUGGCAGCAUUAAAUGUUGCACCUUUAACCUACCACUUUGACAAGGGUUGGCUGGCUCAUGUUCAGCUAAAGGCUGCCUUGUUUUAUGCUGAGGCCUGCUAUAGGUAUGGUAUGGAGCUCCAUGAGAAAGAAGAAAUUGCAGAGGAAAUUGCGAGGUUGAAGAGUGGGAUUAGUGCAUUGUCGGAGGCCAAAAAAACUUCUUCAAAAGGAGCAGCACAGCAGCUCUUGGAUGCAAUUAAUAAGCUAGACGCUAAUUUAAAUCAAAACUUGGCGAGAGCUGUGAAGGAGAAUGAUAGAGUAUACCUCAUGAGAGUUCCCCAAGCCAGUUCUUUGCCUCCUCUUCCAGCAUUUGCGAUGGUCAAACCUAUGCCAAUGAAUGAUGUUCUGGACGCAAGCAAGGAGAAGAUGUUUGCCAGUCUUGUUCCUGAUAACAGUGCUAAAGCUCUGUCCAGGUACACUGAAAUGGUUGAUGACGUCAUUCGGGCUCAAGCUGAGAGAUUGCAACAGGGAAGUGAGCUAGCUCGAGUAAAGCUAAAGGAAAUGGACUUGCCUGAUUCUAUUCUUGCAUUGGAGGGAAACUUAACUCUACCCAUGGCCUUAAAAGAAGAAGUAGAUGCAGUUCAAAUUUGUGGUGGUCCAGCUGGUUUAGAAGCUGAGCUACAGCAGCUCAAUGAUCUGAAGAGGGUGAACCAGGAAUUACUGAUUCAAACUGAGGAGCUUUUGCAAAAAGAAGCAACCGAAGAUGCUCAAUUUAGAAGUCAAUUUGGAACACGAUGGACAAGACCUCAAUCUAGUACUCUUACAAAGAACCUACAGGAUAGGUUAAACAGGUUUGCAGGUAACUUGAAGCAAGCUGCAGAGAGUGAUACCAGGAUUGAACGAUCAGUGAGGGAUAAUGCAGCACUAAUGUCGAUCCUUGACCGCCGUCCAAUUGAAUCUGCUCUUCCAACCUUGGCAAGACCAAUCAUGUCAUUGGAUGCCAAUGAAGAUGCCAUUGCGGGAGCUCUGAAACAGAGCUUGAGACAAUUAGAAGGUCUUGGCGCUCAGCGUGCAGGGCUUGAAGAUAUGCUGAAAGAAAUGAAGAGGAAGGAUGAUAUACUUCCUAAGCUGAUGACAUCCACUGGCUCCCACGAGGAUCUUUUCAGAAAGGAGAUCGCGAAAUAUGAUCAUAUUUGUGAAGAAAUUUCCAAGAACCUUGAGGCACAAGAACAAUUGUUGCUGCAGAUUCAGGCUCAAAAUGUGGACUUUGCUUCUACUUUCAAUCUUGAGGAUUAUAAAGCAUCCCGUGAGCGAACCUAUAAGCAAAUCGAAGCUGCCAUUUCAAAAUAUCAAGAAAUAAAGGAGAAUAUCAACGAGGGAUUGAAGUUCUAUGUUACACUUCAGGAUGCGAUCACAAAUGUAAAGCAACAGGGCAGUGAUUUUGUGAUGACAAGAAACAUGCAGUGCCGGGAAAUGAUGGAUGACGUGCAGAGACAAAUGUCAGGUCUUAGUUUUCAGGAGAAUAAAGGUUCAAAUGGCUAUAAUUAUCCUUCUGCUGCUCAGUCUCAUCAGGUUACAAGAUCCAAUCCCCAACCGCCAGCAGACCCCGCGAAUAUUCCCAAUGCUGUUCGACCUCCGGCUCCUACUUACCAACCCCCUCAUCAGCCUGCAAUGCCUGGUUAUACUCAAAAUCCACCACCUUAUGGUGCUCCACAGCAGCAGCCUCCACCGCCUUACAACUUGCAAGCUCCAGGUCCACCAUAUCCACCAACUCAACAUCAACAACAGCCUCCACCAAACCAUGAGUAUGGCCAACCUGCAUAUCCGGGGUGGCGGGGUCCCUACUAUAAUGCACCUCCUCAGCAACCUGCACCUCUGCAGCAACAAGGUUCUAUGCCUCGACCUCCUUAUACCGUCCCUUCUCCAUAUCAUCUUCCUCCCCACCAGAGUGGCUAUUACCAGCAAUGAUAGUUUUUUCUGUCUGCUUCUGCAGUAUUUUUUGAGUCAUUCUCAACAGGGGUUUCGAUUCGUUAGUUGUCUCUGUUGAUACUAGCUUUCCAUUGGAUCACAUUAUGAAUUGUAUGCAAGUUAAUGAAACACAUCUAGGUUUACAUGUAUGUAUAGAGUUGGUCUCUUUGUAUGA